AAUGCCUUUAUAUCAGUAUGCCUUUAUACAACAGUUACUAAUGUCUUUACAUCAUUAUACAUUUAUACAACGCUUUUGGUCAUUUAAUCUGAAUUUUUUGUUGUCAAAGAUCCCUAAAUACUAAAUUCCCCAGAGGGACCUCUUCCUAAAAUAUAAAGGCAGUUGUAUGUUUUAAUGGCUUUAGCAGUGUAGAACCACUGUUCUGUUUAAUUUUUGUCACUUGCUGUUUGUUAAAAUAAUGUAAAAUUUUUUAGUAAUUUAAUGAGAUUCAUUGUGCAAAUAUUCACCACUUUUGACAAGUUAUCUUGGAAACAGGCAGCUCAGAUGAGUAAACCUAUCUGAGCUAAGUUAACAUGUUAAACAUAAUAAAUAUUCAAGUCCAAGAGGUGGAUUUCCAACAGAGUUUUCUGUGGACAUGCAGAAUAAUUCCCAACAAUUUUUAACACAAGGUUAUUAAAAAUUAUCUGGAAUGCUUGUAAUUUUCCAAGGUACUGAAACAUGAGUGAAGUCAAUGAGGUACUUGAUUAAAAAGAUGGAGGAGCUAUGAAUCACACAGCUGGCUGACCUUCAAAACUGUUCUCGAGUGUUUUGGCAAAAAGCCAUAUUUGGAAAUGCUUAAGCCAUUUCUGAAGCAGUGGCAGGCCAUGGGAUAAAACUGCAGACGACGACAGUAACAUACAAAAUUAUUUUUUUACAGACGGUUGUUAAGACAAAUGUGUAUUAAAAAAACAAAAAAAAAACAUGCCAUCCAUGCUGUCAGUGUAUCACAAAUAUAUUCGCAAAAAUAUGUAUGCAGCACAACCAUUUUCAACACUAGCAAUUAUAAGAAAUGUGUCUUAAAAAGAUUAUUAAAAAGAUUUAUAAAGGGUCAUGUGACACUAAAGAUUAACACCUUGUCUACACCGGACACAAGCAAGACGUCUUGUAAACUGAGCGAGUUUACUGCUCUCAGUAAACUGAUGCCUUGUUCUAUUUAUGACGUGCUGACACAAAGUUUAAAUGAUCUGCAACAUAGACAGCCUUUAGCUGUUGUGAAUUUUCGAUUUUCUCAAUGAAGAAAUUCAUAAAGUGCCACUGUACUGAAUAAAAACAUUGGAUUGUUUUGUUUAUUUUCAAUUUCUAUAAAAAAUAAGCAAGGAAAAAUCCAGAUAUUCUAUUCUGCUAAUAGCCUACUAUAAACAAAUUGAAUAAACUAAUUAAAUUUCUUCUAACACAUCAACUAUGAGGACAAAAUGUUCACUUGCUGCCUGUGACUUUCAGAUCGAAUACACAGAUCCAGUAUGCUGACGCACAUCCAGUUUCUUUCUCAUCUGUUUAUGUUUACAUAAGACAUAACUGCCAGUGUUUACAUAAAUGCUCACCAACACAGGCAUUUUGUCAUAAUUACAUGUGUAUUUGACUGUUCAGGUGUGCAUCUGAAGGCGAAAGUAUACUUUGCUGUAUACUUUUUGCUUUUUCUGUGGAUUAAAGACCUUGUUCCACUUUGCGUCAUGGCUGCAUUUCUACCUCAGGUGUAUGCUUGGGGAUACAACAACUCCGGGCAGGUGGGCUCUGGAUCCACGGCCAACCAGCCCACCCCACGCAGGGUCAGCAGCUGCUUGCAGAAUAAGGUGGUAGUCAACAUCGCCUGUGGACAGCUCUGCUCUAUGGCCGUUCUGGACAAUGGAGAGACAUAUGGCUGGGGUUAUAACUGCAAUGGGCAGCUUGGUUUGGGCAAUAAUGGAAACCAGCAAACCCCCUGUCGGAUCGCCGCCUUACAGGGAAUCAACAUCGUGCAGGUGGCGUGUGGAUACGCGCACACACUGGCUCUUACAGACGAAGGAUUUGUUUACUCUUGGGGUGCAAACUCGUACGGGCAGCUAGGUACUGGUAACAAAAGCAACCAGGCUGUGCCCACCCUCAUAAACAUGGACAAAGAGAGAAUGGUAGAGGUUGCUGCGUGUCACACCAGUCACACAUCAGCAGCAAAAACACAGAGCGGUCAGGUGCUGAUGUGGGGUCAGUGUCGGGGUCAGGCUGUGGUCUGCCCUCACCUCACACACUUCACCAGCACUGAUGAUGUCUUCGCCUGCUUCGCCACACCGGCAGUCACCUGGCAUCUCCUUUCUGUGGAUGGAGAUGACUACCUGACUGUUGCUCAGUCGCUAAAGCGAGAGUUCGACAGCCCAGAAAUCUCUGACCUAAAGUUCCUGGUUGAUGGGAAGUGUAUACACGUGCACAAAGCCCUUCUUAAAAUCAGGUGUGAGCAUUUCCGAGCAUUGCUGAAUGAGACUGAUGAAGAGACCAUAGAGAUUCAUCAGUUUUCUUAUUUGGUGUAUCGGGCGUUCCUGGAGUACCUGUAUACUGAUACCAUCAAUCUCCCACCUGAGGAUGCCAUUGGUCUUCUGGAUUUGGCCACAUAUUACCGUGAGAGCCGCCUGAAAAGACUGUGUCAGGACACCAUCAAGAGAGGUAUUACAGAGGAGAACGCUAUAACACUGCUUUCAGCUGCUGUCAAGUAUGAAGCACGGGAUCUGGAAGAGUUCUGUUUCAAGUUUUGUGUUAACCAUCUGACGGCUGUCACUCAGACGCAGGCCUUUGCUGAUAUGGACCACGAUCUGCUGAAGAACUUCAUCAGCAAAGCCAGCCGCUACGGGGCCUUCAAGAACUAACAGAAAGAUAUAGUCUAAGGAGGAAUUCUGCUUUCGCUCUGCUACAUCAAGGCAAGUUAUCUCAAAUACCUCAGAUGUGGAGAGGAGCCAAAUUCCUGUGGUUUGAGAAUGAAAAAGUGGGAAAGGCCACUGCACUGGUUUUCUUCUGGGUCCCAGUGCCUUUAAAUGAUUACAUCCCCAUCUGAAGCCCUAAACAGAAGAAUUUGAGGAUUUAAAGGGACCAGACAGGUUUCAACAGAUUGUAUUGAAAUAGCUGAACAAAAAAAACACCUUUGAGGUGCUUCAUGAGUAAGGGAUUCAUCUGUGCAUAAGUAAAAGGGAAGGCCAUCUCAUGUAGGAGAUGGUUGAUGGAGAAAGAGUUGCUUUUCUGUUACUGAACUAUUGUUUUGGGUCAAGAUCAUGUUAAUUUGCAUUGUCUUUUUUUAAUAUAUAAUGGAUUGGAAAGUUACAGUCAGCAAAACAGGUUGUCCAUCUCCAAUCCAUCUAUCAUUGUCAUAAUGGCCUUUAUAAAGCAGGCCAACAGCCGUACCUCCUUUGGGAGGUUACCUGUGUCAUAAGAUUAUAAUGUUUUAAUUUUUUUUUGCCAUUAGAAGAAACUUUACACAUGUCAUAUCAGAGUGGUAUAGCAUUAUUUUAAAUAUAGUGGCUCCAAUUUAAUUUACAGAUCCAACUAAUGUCAUUUAUGUUAUUUUUACUGACGGUAAUGUUACUUUUGAUAUGCCUGUGUUCCUUCUAUGUAACAGUAUUAUUUUGAAUAUGUCACAAAGGUCAAUGUCUGUGAUUCUGUCCAGUCAUAUUUUUACAAGCACUAAAACGAGUGUCAGGGUGAAUCUCACAAAAACUGUCAGGCAACUGUCUGGACCAUAUUUCACCCAAAAAAUGAAAAGAAAUACAAUAAGAAAUUAGGUUUAACAUUAAGAAAAGCCUGGUUGUAAAACACAUUUCCUCCAAUUUCCAUUACUGUGGGAAAGUAUUAAUAAUAAACACGCACAGACACACACAUUCAAAAUAUUAAUUUUAAGACAGUAAAAAUUAGUAUUAGGUUCUUUUUUUUUUUUUUUUUUUUUUGUUUUGUUUUUUUUUCAUUUGGAAUAAAGUAUGAGCUGGAUAUUUCUUCAUGACAUUAACCCAAUCACAGUACUAUUGUUUCUACAGACAAAUGGCGCCGUCUGGUGGUGAUGAUGCAUUGAACCAUGUGCCCAUAUUCUGUCAAUCAUUAACUUUCCACUGACAGCUAAAGUCAGCCUUCUUUUACCCACAGUAAAGUUUUUUUUUUAUCAGUCAUUAUAGCAUCAGCCAACCAGCCUAAUCUUGAAAUGGCACUUGAAACAGCAAGCAUAAAUAAGGACACACACACACACACACACACACACAUAUAUAUAUAUAUAUAUAUAUAUAUAUAUAUAUAUAUAUAUAUAUAUAUAGUGCAAGUGUUUACAAUAAUUCACAAUGUCUUCUUGAUGGUCAUUUGUUACAGUCUGUUCAUACUUGUUUACACAGUCGGGGGUUUCUGUUCUGUUGUAGAUAAUUCUACAUAAUUUCCUUCUUUUGUA